GAGAGAGAGAUGGGUGGCAGAACGGCCGGUGUGCUGGAGGUGGAUGACCGAGAAGUGCUCAUCUGCUCCGGCCAGCUGUAGACGGUAGAGACAGUGAUUAGUAGGAUGAGUUAUAACCAGCCGUCGUGUCGUUGUUUUAUACAUAAACAUGAAACACACCGGAAACAUCAACCGUGACCGCCUCCCCCUGUCCUGACAGCCGGAGUCCUUUGCACCGACACGGACAGGCUCGCUGCCCGCGGUACCGACGGGGAGCCUCGGUCCUGCAGGCGGGCUGCUGCUGGGUCCGGACCGAACAUCUUCAAAUCCAAAACCUUUUUAUGUGACAGCCCUGUCGCGUUGAUAGACGUGUGAAAAAACAAAGGAGACUGAUGCUGAUCCCCUCUGUGAAAUCACCUUCGCGGUUCACCUUGGAAAUAAGAAAGUAAAAAAGGAAAACGCAUGAAAGGUUGAUCAUGCAGCAGCAACCAAUCAGCACCGACCAUUUUGGGCCCAACAUGCAGCCUGGACCCUGUGCGUUGAUCGGAUUCGGUCCUGGUUUACCUCCACAGCUCACAACCCAGGAACCAAUGCUGUUCAGCCAAUCAGAGGAGCCCAAGAAACAGUCUUCAUUGAGCCCCAUGCAGGCUGUCAGAGUGACUAACGAAAUGCAGUCAGGGUACCCAAAGUCUGGGUCCACUGCACUGAUGAGCAUAAGCCGGCCGAGACCCACCGCUUUGGGAACAAAACCUGCUUAUAAGUCUCCCAGAAUCUUAGAGGACCUCUCCAAGGAAAUAGAUUUGAUCCCAGUUUGUAUCCCAGGACCUCAGAGUGCCAACCACACGUCGCAUUCGCAGACUGAGGCCUCCCUCUGCCGCCUCAGUCCUCAGAGCCCCCGCAGCCCUCAGCCUUUCACCAGCCAGCCUUACCUGAGCUCCUCCAACACCCUCAGCCCUCAGCCACAGAGAACCCCCUCACCUGGGGGCUCCUCACCGAGCCAAGAGCAGCCCAAGAAGCCAGGAGAGAACAAUGACUUCAGGGUGUACAUCGUCACGUGGAAUGUGGGGUCAGCUGUCCCGCCAGAUGACAUCACUUCUCUGUUCGGACCAAAUGUUUCAGAUGGGAGCGUUGACAUGUUUAUCAUCGGAUUCCAGGAAGUCAACUCCAUGAUAAACAAGCGGCUAAAGGAGGCUCUUUUUUCAGACCAGUGGAGUGAGCGUUGCAUGGAUACACUCAGUCCUUUUGGAUAUGUUUUGGUGGCGUCCCAGCGUAUGCAGGGAGUGCUGCUGCUGGUUUUUUCCAAAUGGUGCCAUCUUCCCUUCCUCAGAGGUGUUCAGACAGAGAGUACGCGCACAGGUCUUGGGGGAUAUUGGGGGAAUAAAGGGGGCGUCAGUGCGAGGAUGACGAUGUUCGGCCACCCGGUGUGCUUCCUCAACUGUCACCUGCCCGCUCACAUGAGGAACCUGGAGCAGCGCAUGGAGGACUUUGAAAGCAUCCUGCAGCAGCAGCAGUUUGAAGGAGGCACCGCCACGGGGGUGCUGGACCACGAUGUCGUUUUUUGGUUUGGGGAUUUAAAUUUCCGUAUUGAGGACUAUGACAUCCAUGUGGUGAAAUGUGCCAUCGAGAGCAGUAAACUUCCUCUUCUGUUGGAGCGAGAUCAGCUAAACAUGGCUAAAAACACAGAGUCUGUCCUUGAAGGCUUCCUUGAGGGACCUUUACAUUUCCCUCCUACUUAUAAGUUUGAUGUGGGCACUCACACGUACGACACCAGUGCGAAGAAGAGGAAACCGGCCUGGACAGAUCGCAUCCUCUGGCGCACUCGUCGCACCGGCUCCCCAGUUCCUACCCACAAUGCAGCACUGCAGCGGGGUCUGACCUCCUGGCUGGGUGGAGCGACUAAAGUGACACAGCAUGUGUACCGAAGUCACAUGGGCUACACCAUCAGCGACCACAAGCCUGUUUCUGCUGUGUUUUCACUGCAUUUCCCAUUCAAGGUGGAUAUGCCCCUGGUGGAGCUGCAGGUAAACAAGGAGUGGUGUAAAGUCUCAGAAGCUACAGUUCGAUUCACAGUUGCAUCGACUUAUCAGCGCAGCUCGUGGGACUGGGUAGCAAUAUACAAGGUUGGAUUCAGACAUCACAAAGAUUACCAGGCAUACAUAUGGGCCAAGGGAGAGCAUGCAACACAGGUGACAUUUUCAGAUGAGGAUCUGCCGAGAGAUGAUGGUGAAUACAUCCUGGGCUACUACAGUAACAACAUGAACAGCAUUGUUGGACUGUCAAUGCCAAUUCAGAUCAGGAUCCCCAUCCACAGCCCCACCGCGCGUCGCUCCAGCAGCUCGGAGGUCAGCUCAGAAGACGACAGCACUCUGGUCCUGCUGGCUCCGUGCUCCCGCAGCCCCAGCCCCAAAAACGGCAAACACCACCACCGCCAUCGCCGCAGCCGAAGCCCCGCCCCCCCUGCUCUCUCCUCCAACCCCCUCCCCUCCCUGCAGGGCCUCAGCCUCUGUCCUCGCUCCAAAGAAGGACAGACUCUCUCCCCCUCAUCUGCUGCUAAGAAGGAGCGACUGGUCUCGCCCGACACUGUGUUGUCCCCCACCAUCAGCCCGCUCACCCCCCGCAGCCCGGUGUCUCCGGGCAGGGGGGUGACUGCACCCGAGGCUCUGAUCGCUGCCAUCCUAGGUGAACACAGACCAGCUCAGGUUAGCCCCACAGGGGUCAAACACAUAGGAAAGACAGGGAAAACAGACACAUAGAAUAUGAACAUCUAUUUUUAAAGGGAUACUUCACACAAAGAAAGGCCAUUUGUGUAUCAAUAUUUCACCCUAUGUUAUUUUGAAUUAUUAAAGACAAUGUUUCGCUUCCAUGCCUUUACAUUAACCUCAAAAACAUUUUUUAAAGUCAUGAAGGAACUAAUAAAUAAAACACAGCAAAACUAUAUCAACAUUUCCGUUGACAAAAACACUUAAACAACUUGUGCAGUAUAAUCUAAUUAUUAUUUAUCCUGUAUGAUCACUACUUCCCAAGCGCAUGCAUUUUAACUAAACCUUAUUAUUUAAAAGACUCUAGACACGAACGGAUAAAAAGCUGUUUAUAGAGGAAGCUUUUAAAUAGUAAGGUUUGAGCGAAAAUGCAUGUUUGCAUGAAUUGAGUCAGAGUUUGUAAAGAUAUUUCUUUUUCAUAUAGUUUUGCAUACCUCUUAUUCACUUAAAUUCAUUGAGAAUUUUCUCAGUUAUAAGAUUCUUGGUUCCUCGUGGAGGCAUGAGAGAAAAACAAAGUUUUAUUCAAGAACCCAAAGUAACACAUUGUUAGUUAUUUAUGUACAAAUGGUCAUUUUUUUGGGAAAGUAUUCCUUUAAAAGGAGGUGAUGUACAAAGAAAACAACGGCAAUAUUCAUGCAUUCAGGGUCCGAUCAUAUCCCACAAAGUGGCAGUGCUCGUAGAAGCAGCACAUUCGGUGACUCCUAAUGUAGUUUGCAAACAUUCCCGUUGUAGCACUGCAGUACUCUGUCUCUGAAUCUACCAUCACCUCAUACACUAUGUGUAUCCUGGAGUCAAAGAUGUGUCCUGACUCCUCAAGACAAGUGCUUUUAUUUAUAGAUUCAUAAGCUAUAUCAUAGGUUAACAAACAUAUUGAAUGUGAAACCAAAGUCAGAGUAAACCUGUGAUGAAUGUGACCGGUUGUUAAUUACAGCAAUACGAUUUGGGGCUGCAACUAGAUAUUAUUUUUUAUUGUUUGUUAAUUUGUAGAUUAUUUUCUUGAUCAAUCAAAUAGUUGUUUAAUCUAUUAAAUGUCCGAAAACAGUGAAAAACGUUAAUGAGUGUUUUCCAAAGCCCAAGAUGACGUCUUAAAAUGUCUUAUUCUGUCCGCAACUCAUAGAGUAAACAAACCGGAAUUAUCUUUCCUUAGAAAUCUUCUAAAACCAAAUAAUUGAUUAUCAUAAUAGUUGGCAUUUCAUUUAAUCUUUGCAGCUCUAAUAUGGAUCCAUGUAAACAGUCCUUUAUGAAAAUAAGGACCCUUGACCAGAAGCAUAGAUGGUAUCAUAGUUCACAUCAGUGUGUGAUUGUGUGUGUGUAUGUGAGAGAGAGACUUUGUGCAGACCUGUGUGUUCAAAACAGAAAUGUGUGAAACAUGCAUUUUUUUUGGACCAGAUGUUUUAAACUUUUAACUCUGUAGUUCUUGGUCUGUAUUCUUGACAUUUUAAAAGUAAACUAAAAAGGAGCAUUUUACGUCCUCAGAGUAAUGAAAUGUAAACGUGUCCUUGUGACUUGAACAGUAAUCUUAGAUCAAUGCUCUUUUUCCUCGCAGCCUUGUGAAUACAGCCCCUGUUCUACGGAGUCAGUGAGUGGGUGUACUCAUUUGUUUGUUUUGCUUAAUGGAAAUGACAUUUAAUUGUGUGAGUGUGCAAAUAAAACCAGAACAAAAAGAGUAAA